GGUGGUUCUCCGAUGAUGUUCACUCAGCUUGUUGGUUGCGCGCCGGCUGAGCGCUGAUUGGCUCUUGUGUGUAACUCCGGCGUGCUCUGUCCCGGGAUGAGACUUUGCCAUCAGCUGUGAGACGAAGCUGUGAGAAGCUCGCGCGGACACGUCGCACACCUGCGGCUGGAUGGAAGUCGAUGGAGGGACUUGCAGCCGCUGGCGUCCGAUUCCGCCGAUUGCUUCACCUCCUCUCGUGGCCCACGGGGGAGCGCGCUUGUAAGCUGAUUUGACCGGUCGACGUGAAUACCUCUUCGGGAUUAGAGGGUUAUUGGGUGAACCACAAUGUCCCGCGCCUCGGACCAGCACUCGCGGUUAUUGUUCAUGCGGCGGCGAACGCACGGUGUCCGGUCUCCCCCGGUUCAUCUCCAGUAGCCGUACAGCUCUGCUUCCCGUGUCUCCUCGCUGCUUGGCUCCGGUCUCCUACCCGGUGGAUAGGAUAAUAUGACUUCCUGGCUACGCACAUACGACUGCGCCCGUCUGUGCCUCCUGCUCUGCUGUUUGGUGGUCAUUUCCAGCGGAGAAUCCUUCAGUCCCGCAGGUGACAGUGUGUGCCGGUCUCCCGGCAUCACCUCUUGUACAGACUGUCUUCGACGUGGACCACGGUGUGCCUGGUGUUUCAAAGAGGAUUUUCUAGAUGGGGCGAGGCUAAGCCAGCGCUGUGACUUGCCAGAUAACCUGCUCAGGAGGGGCUGUGCACUGGAGUUCAUGGAGCAGUCAGAGGUCAAAGUGGAGGUCAAUGCCACCAUCAGCAGCACACAAGUUUCCCCAAGAGACAUCAGUAUCACCCUCAGACCAGGUUCAGCAGCCAGUUUUGUUGUGUCGGUGAAGCAGCUGGAGCGUUAUCCCGUGGAUCUGUACUACCUGGUGGAUGUAUCGGCUUCUAUGCAGGAAAACCUUGAUCAUCUAAAGACGGUGGGUGUAGCUCUGUCCCUUCGUAUGACGGAGCACUCUUCAGACCUUUGGCUGGGUUUCGGCUCAUUUGUGGACAAGCCUGUUUCUCCUUACAUCAACGUUCAUCCUUCUAAGAUCAGCAAUCCCUGCAGCGAUUUUGAGAUCCGCUGUCGUCCAGCCCAUGGCUUCCACCAUGUCCUCAGCAUGACGAGCAAUAUGAGCGAGUUCACACGGGUGAUCAAGCGCCAGCGCAUCUCUGGUAACAUGGACACACCUGAAGGAGGACUAGAUGCCAUGCUGCAAGCUGCUGUCUGCCAGAGGGCCAUUGGUUGGCGACCAGAGGCAAAGCGUCUUUUGCUCAUGAUGACCGACCAGCCUUCUCACCUCGCCCUGGAUAGCCGGCUGGCCGGGAUCGUCGUGCCACACGACGGCCUGUGUCACCUGGAGGACAACGUCUACAAAGGGAGCACCAGGAUGGACCAUCCCAGUUUGGGCCAAUUGUCUGAUAAGCUGCUUGAAAAUCAUAUCUUCUCCAUCUUUGCUGUGGAAAAGCAGCAGUACCAGUGGUAUGAGGAAUUGAUGCAACUGCUGCCUGGCUCCUACCUGGGAAAGUUAGGCCUCUUCCAGGCUCCGAAUCUCAUAGACCUGGUGGUGGAUGCAUACAAGAGGUUGUUAUCAGAGGUGGUGGUGUCUGUGUCAGUGGAGGACAAGGCAGUCAGCAGGUACUGGGUGUCUGUAACUCCUCUCUGUCCUGAUGGAUCCACUGCUAAAGAGCACAGCUGUAUGGGGGUGCAGCCUGACCAGACGGUCUACUUCAAUAUCACGAUUGGCCAGCACUCCUGUCCCGAUGAUGGUAAAGAUGAAGAUGUAACAGUCAUGGUCCGUCCUGUGGGUUACAAUGAAUCCACUGUCGUGAGGAUCCACUCUAAAUGUCAGUGCAGAUGUGGACCGGCGGGACAAUGCCAAGAUGCCAAGCAGUCGCCAUGCAGACAGACCCAAAAUGGCAACAAUCAGGAACAGAGGCCAAACUAUGGGAUGAUUAAGGACUCCGAUUCAAACAAGAAUUGCAGAGCAGAUGGGUCUGAUGUGGUCUGCAGUGGCCGGGGAGUGUGCGAAUGUGGGAAGUGUGUUUGCGAGCAGAGCAGGCUCGGGGCAGUGUACGGAAAAUACUGUGAAUUAGACGACUUCUCCUGCCCAUACGAAGGGGGGCUGUUGUGUGGAAGUCGGGGUGUGUGUGUGUUAGGCGAGUGUGCGUGUGACGAAGGAUGGACAGGAGAUAGCUGCGGCUGUCCUGUCUCCACAGCAACCUGCCAAUCACCGAAUGGCUUGCUUUGCAGUGGGAGAGGGAAGUGUGUGUGUGGUAAGUGCAUGUGCGAUGACCCCCAACACUCCGGAGACUUCUGCGAGCGUUGCCCUGCUUGCCAAAGCACCUGUCAAUCAUAUUGGAAGUGUGUGGGCUGCCAUCUUUCUCAUGGUCUGGCACAAAAAGAGGCAGGACAGUGCAACCACACUUGUGCACCACUGGUCGGCUACAUGGAUGAUGUAUCAGGUCAAGCAGGCGAGACGUGGAUUCACUGCAUGUACAUCAGUAAUGACAGCUGUCGUAGCAGCUACCAGUUUCAGACCAGCUCAGAGUCUGGUCAGGCUCAACUUCUUAUUAGCACAAGACCAGAAUGUAUCAGCAGCAACCGCCGGCUGGUGGGAACUUUCCUGAGCGUGUGCGCCCUGACGGUGCUGUGCGGGCUGGUGAUGGUUGCUGUGUCCCGGCUGCUGCUGCAGAAGAGGAGCUGGUCACCUGGGGACACUGCUGAAGAUGUAGGAUACCAUUGCACUGGAAAGGAUCUAUCUUAUAUUCCUACAACCAAUGAAAAGACAGUUACCUACAGGAGGGACCAUCCACCUGAUCGCCCUGUGGAAAUGCACAUUCAGGUUCCCAAGAUGCCCCUUGGUGACCCCUGGCAAUAAAAGGUCGAAACAAAGGCAGUAGACAUAUAGAAGGAGAACUGGACUCCAGGCUUCUAUUUUGCCUCAUAACCUUCAUAAAACGUCUACCAGCGGCACGUAGAGACUCCAGUGGAGUAAAAUGAAACUAUGAAACCUCUGUGGGAUUUUAUUUGUCAAAUGAACUGACCAAACUUUCAUCAAUUAUGUGACUAAUGUGGCCAGUAUCUGGGAAGUUGAGAUGAAAGCAAAGAGCACAAAUUCUCCACCAAUUCUUCUGUAGGAGCAGGGAGCCUACUUCCUUUACAGGGUGAAAAUUAAUCACUCCUCACCUUUUAGCCACGCUCUAACGUGUGCAUGUGUGUGUGUGUGUGUGUGUGUGUGUGUGUACGUGCGUGUGUGUGUGUUUGUGAGAGAGUGUUUGUGGUGCAGGUGCACUUAUGCUUUCUAUUUAUUUUACAGAGAAAACACUACAUAUUUAAUGAUCAUGGGACUGUGCUAGACUUCAAUAAUUCAACAGUACUGUCUCCCUGUCUUAGUCUGCCCCCAUGUGGUCAGCAUAAUGUAUGACAUUUUCCUUUCAAAUAAUACACAUUGCAGCUGUGUUUACCUUGGGUACAUUAGUGGCUAAGUAGAUUGUUUUUCUUUUACUGUGAACAUAUUUCAGUCACGUGUGCAGAAUCUUGUUAUCUAGUGUUCUUAAGUGAUUGUUUAUCACAUUUUCUUUCUGUUAAUAUCAGUUGCAUUGGAAAUUAGUGUUAUUUCAUGGUAUCAUGAGAGCUAUUUGUCUUUUGUUAAUAGUCUGAUUAGACUUGCACUAGAGCAAUUGAAUUUUACUACUGAUAGCUGGGGUCUCUGGAUCCUGAGAGCUGUAAUAUUGGGUCUGGUGUGUGUGCGU